AUGAACAACUCUACAGUGAACUUCACCACACCCGAAUCAUCCACAACUUAUUCCUUUGGGCUAUUUGACAUUAUGGAAAUGUAUGCUCACAGCAUCAGUUUCCUGUUUGGUCUUCCUACAAACUUCUAUGUUUUAUGGCUCAUCAUCACAGGAACAGAAAGUGGAGUUGCAUCAAUGUUCUUCCAACUCAAUCUGUCUGUUUGUGAGAUUGGUAUCUGUGUGAAUAGUUUGUUUUUUAUAUUUGCUUUUUGGUUUUCAAGUCUCAAAACAUUAGUGUAUUUUUUAAUAGGACUAGCCAUCACCGGUCGUCCUCUGUUUCAGUGUCUGAUGUGUGUUGAGCGUUACCUGGCAGUGGUUCAUCCUGUAACUUUUCUGAAGUACAAACCUCUCAGAUAUAGAGUGAUCUGCUCUGCUACAGCCUGGAUAAUCACUCUUGGCUCCUGUUUUUCCUCUAUGUUUCUCCCACUGAAUACUAUAGAACAAACAUGGUUCUUCUCAGUGCAGUUUAUCCUCUUCAUCUCCAUCCAGUUGUUUUGUCUUGUGGCUGUUCUCAGAGCUCUGAAGCAGUCAGGACCAGGAGAGAGAGGGAGAGAGAGAAAGGAGGAAAACAACAUGAAGAGAAGAGCAUUUCACCUCAUUUUGAUAACUACUGUCAACAUGGUCAUCAUAUAUGCCCCAUAUACUGUAACAGGACUCUUUACUAUUGUGACAAAACAGAAUAUUCGUGCACUGUGGAGCAUUUGUUUGCUUUGUUUUUUGCUGCUUGGUUUUGUUCAGCCUCUUCUUUUUCUGUACCAUGCUGAAAAACUAUCCUGCCUCUGUUCUUCAAAAGCUAUGUAA